CCACGUGUUGUGACUGUGUGCCCUCUCGCUGCCGAUACUAUUUCCAUGUUUCUACGUGAGGUGGUGGAAUUAAGUAAAGAUUGUGAAGGGGAAACGACUGGGGCAAAGAUAUAAAGUUUAAUUACGAACUUCCUUCCGCUGGGAUUAUUUUCUACGUCGCGUGCUUCGUCGUGAUUGAAACCAGGGAAACUUCUUUUGGGGAAAAGCGCCACCGGGACUACUUUGCGUCAACUCCGGAAACACACGCUUGUCGCGUGUCGUUUGUCGCAAAAAUGUCGUUUCAUUAGUCAGAAUGAAAAACGGAUUAUCUGAAUUGUUGAAAAGCGAGCGGCGGUGUCUUUAAAUUGAACAAUUCUAGCACCCCGCGGAAGGAUUUAAUUUUCUCGAGCGAGAGAGAGGGUCGACACAUCCGCCCAGUUUUCCGAUGCCUCCCCUCCCCUUGUUGAAAAUGGAGUUCGAUUAAAGCAGAUGUCCGCCAACUUCUGAGGGGGGGAAUUAAAAAUCGUUUUUCUCUCCCUUCUAAGCGCAUUUGUGAAAAAAAACCCAUUUUGUCGUUCCACUCCGGUAUCCCUCGCUAUCUUCCUUUUCCCUCCCGGGCGUCGAGGUUGCCUUUAAGCGGACAUUACUCGGACACGUUGGCGGAGUGAGGCUGGCUUUCCAACAAGGCGCUGCUUCAAGUGUCGUCCCGGAGAGCUCUCAAGUUGGCGAAUGGAUGCUCGACAGCCAGCCACGACUAUUCCGCCGCCGAAUGUGACAGGCUUCAACACCUUUUGUGUUUUUUGAGGAUAUACACACACGCAGCGAGGGGCUUUUUUAAAAAAAUCUAUUUUAUCUCCCCACCAAACCGGACCUUGUUUGGAAAGAAGAUGGCUAAUUUUGUGUUGUGGUCGGAUUUUACUUCCAGGGAGGAGAAGACAAAAUUGUCAUUCUUCCUCCUCGCAAUUUAACGGCUAAUGCUAGCUCCACUUUUUUUUUAUUCUCCAUGGUUUUUUUUUCCAUCGAAGGGGAGCAUUCUUACACUUUUUACCGAGCACCCCACCCUUAAUAAACACCUAACGAAAACACGACACGGUUGUACGUAUGUGGAGGAAAAUGGUGAAUUUUGUGCGAUUUUGUCCCGCCGUCACAGCGCCGUCGAUGCUAGUGCUAGGAUUCGGAUCUCCGUGAGGAAGAAAAUGAGUGAAGAUUCAACAAAUCCAAACAAUGAUGACAGUUAUGCGCGUGUGAGAGCAGUGGUCAUGACGCGGGAUGACUCCAGCGGCGGAUGGCUUCCCUUGGGCGGCGGCGGCCUCAGCUGCGUUACCGUCUACAAGGUCAGCCAGGCGGACGACGGCAACAGCACCCACAGCAGUGGCACCCGGGGCAGCACGGGCAACCUCAGCCCUAGUAGCCCAAGUCCGACGCCCAGUCCCAGCCCAAGCCCCAGUCCCACGGCGGUGGAGUUCUACAUAAAGGGGGAGCGGCUCAAAGACAAAGUGGUGGUGCUGGAGUGUGUCCUUCACGAGGGCCUCGUGUACAACAAGAUCAACCCCAUCUUUCACCACUGGAGGAUCAACAACAAAAAGUUCGGGCUGACCUUUCAGAGCCCCGCCGACGCCCGCGCCUUCGAUCGAGGCAUCCGCAGGGCCAUUGAGGACAUCAACCAAGGCUGUCGACCGUUUGGCGACGGGGAUACUCCAGAGAACGGACUACCUGCGUGUGAGGAGCCUCCCUCCAUCUGCACGCCAAUGAAGGAGCCCUUCUCCCCCCUGAACAAUGUGGUGUCCACCGAGCCCUUCAGGGGCUGCUAUGUACGCGCUCAGCCCUUUGACGAGUUCAACUCCGGCAACCGACGUUACCUGCCGCCACAGGUGUCGAACAAAUCCACCCGCCACGUCAGCUUUCACAUGGACGAGGAGGAGAUCGUCCGCAUCAACCCGCGCAAGGACGUACACAUCGGCGGUUACGACGACUACCGCCACCCGUUCAUGUGGAAGCAGGAGGCGGAGCGCGAGGACACGGACUUCCCGGCCCCCUUCCACAAACUGGACGGCAAGAAGUGCGAGUACCUCUUCCCCGGCGAGGACCUCCGCUCGGGCCCCGCCCGUGGCAUGGACCUCGGCCUGGGCAAGGACACGGCUAUCAAGACUCAGCCCUCGCCGCUGCUCAAGUCCAAGAAGGGGCGGCGGCGGCGAGAGGACGGCGAGCGCUCGCGCUGCAUUUAUUGCCGUGAGAUGUUCAACCACGAGGACAACUGGCGGGGGCAGUGCCAAGACGCCCCCGACCCCAUCAAGCAGUGCAUCUACAAAGUCAGCUGCAUGCUGUGCGCCGAGAGCAUGCUCUACCACUGCAUGUCCGACUCGGAGGGCGACUUCUCGGACCCGUGCUCGUGCGACACGUCCGACGAGCAGUUCUGCCUACGCUGGCUCGCCCUGGUGGCGCUGUCCUUCAUCGCGCCCUGCAUGUGCUGCUACCUGCCGCUGCGCGCCUGCCACCACUGCGGCGAGGCGUGCCGCUGCUGCGGGGGCAAGCACAAGGCGGCCGGGUGACCCCGCGCCGCCCCUCUGGGACCCCCUCAAAGUUAGCUAACACAGGAAGCGGAUCAAUUCAACGUCGGCAUCCUUUUUUCGCCCCCCCCCCCCCGCCCACUCUCUGGGACGGGGGUGGUGUUGUUGAUCGCCAGCUCUGAGGGCUUUUGGAGAUUUCAGUUUGCGUUUGUCGCCGACGAGCUGCAGCGGAGGACAAACUUGAGCUUUGCCAUGAGCUAAGUCCGGACGAGGAGACGAGGACGUUGAGAUUAACAGACUUGGAGAUGUUACUAAAUGCACCGCACACGCACACAUACAUUGACACACACCUGGCCAAACUCUACUCCAAGAAACGUGCAACUUUAUGAAGGAAACUUGUCUUUUUGUACAGAGACGACAACAAAACACAACUAUUCAGAAAAAUAACUUGCUGUUUGAGUAUGCUAAAAGGGAUACAUAUGUUCUUAUGCUUAUUUUGUGUAAUGUUGCAGUCGGGUAACAGUGGUGGCCUUUCCUUCCCUUCAUCACAGUGUAAUUAGUAGACGGGGGGGGGGGUUAGGGUCACAUCGGCCCCUUCCCCAUUUUAGCCAUUUCUUGUCAUUUAAACUUGAUUCGCUUAGCCUCUGCCUCACGUCGGCCAUUUUCAUUGCAUUCCAAAACAAAGGGACUCAUUCCAUUUGUGAGAAGGGAAAAUGGUAACUUUUUUUUUUUACCAUGCCGAUUCCCUCCAAACUGCCCAGAAAUGUUGCGAAACAUGACAAUUGAAAGCCCGCUUAGUUACUGCUGUUGUCAUUUUUUUUUUUCUCCUGUUCACCUCCUGAUUGAAAGCGGAGAUUUUGCUCAACCAGCAAGUUUUGUUUCGGUGUGAGAAGGUUGACGGUGCUCCUGUUGGAUUUGAUUUUUUCUUUUUCUUUUUUUUUUAAGAAAACAACCAGGCACUUAAAAACGAGGCUUCUUCUUUGACCGAGACGGCCUUCUCCAAUUAAGUAAUUUGUCUGAGGAAAAGCACUGCUCUCCGAGCUUUUGGUUGCAGCACCCCUCUACCUUCAAAAAGUCCCAUGUUUGUCCUAGACUUUGAUUUUAUUUUAUUUUAAUCCUCCUUUGUGCGCCUCCUCAUGUCGCCAGUCCACUCCUUCAUGUGUCUUCGUUUUAAUAAGCCCUGAAUGAAUGAGUGCAUUGUUUCAGGAAUGUUGAGUAUCUCAGCAAUUAAGUACAUACAGAUGGUGUGUGAGUGUGCGUGUGUGCGCGUAGGCCUACACGCGCCGGUAACGUCCUGACCGACGACCCUUUAGACAAACACGUUAAAAAAAAAAAUUUGUUCUUUUGAAGAUUCCAGACUUCUCUCGCCGCAGCUAACAACUUAGCAGCAAUAUACACCAAAAAAUCUGAGAUGGUUCAAAGAAAAAAAAAUGCGGCACAAAACUGUUGCUUUUAGUUUCUUAAUGAAGCUUCAAACAUUAUUUUGAACUUUAUUUUUUUCACCAAUUGAAUUUGCGUAGGUGAAAGUAUCGCAUACAUUCAGCGUGAUCGUAAAGAAAAACGAAAUCGGCUGAAGAUCUCUUAUCGUAUUACAGGGAGUCCUCGGUUUGCGUGUAGUCUCCCACUACCUUUUUACAGCGUCGUUUCUUAUUAACCUAUGCUAGAAAAGUAUUAACGUGAAAAAACAUUUCGAAACCAUAAAUGUAAGACUAAUAUUUUUCUUAUACGCCAAGUACGGCGGUAGCUUCUUGUAUUACGUGACCACAAAUCUUUACGCCCCUUACUUAUUUGCACGCUUUUUGUAACCUCCAAACACUGCAUGACAUGUAAACCGAGGACCCCGAGAAAUUCACUUUUGUGCUGCAUUUGAGAUCACAGGGAAAUCUGAAAUAUCUGACUUAAUAACAAAAUGGACUGACCAUUGACACACCUUGAUAAGCUAAUAUUUUGCUUUGUUUGGAAACUUUGAGUCUUGGAUCUUGCAAUACAUUUACUCACUAAUUUCCACAUAGCUCUGGACAAAAAGUUUUUGUUCGUUUUGUUCUUAAACAUUUUUGAAUGACACACCAGAUGACACUGAUAACUUCCUCAAGUGUCCGAAAACUCGUCAUUGCUUUCAAAAGUGUGGGAACUCCACAGUCCAUUCACUUUAGAUCAAAAAUAAAUAAACGUGGACAAAAACACUACGUUUAGCACAAACCAUAACAAUUUGGGAGUCUUUCUUUUUUUAUUUGUAAUCUUUCUAUGCAAUCUUCCGACACUCUUAAAGACUGACAGGACACGUGUGUUUCUUCUAAGACCUUCAUAGGUAGUAAAUAGUCAUCGUAGAUGAGCCUCCUCCCCCUUUGGUACCAAACACCUGUAAAUACGCAACACUGUAUUUAAGUACUGAUGAUAAUAAUAAUAAUAAUAAUAAUAACUGGCUUGUUUUGUCUUUGAGCUUGUCUUUAAAGAUAGAGCUGUAUUUAUCGCGGCUGUCAGCAUUAUCUACGGUAGCUUCUAUUGACAGCAUACUUGUGUACAUAGGUCCACCUUUUUGUAGUAUUAUUUCACAUUGAAAAGUAGAGGGCAUUUGCAACGGAUCGGGCGGGGGCUAAACAAAACAAAAUGAUCAUUGAGCUCCUAGUAAAAGUUUCUCGCUAGUUUUGUACGCUAAACAGAAGGAUAGCGCUAACGGUACAGGAGUAGCACUCCACUCGCUUUGGAAAUUUUAUAUAUGAAUAUAAAUAUAUAUAUAUCUAUAAAGACAUGAAUUUAAGGCUGCUAGAUACAAUCACUAAUUUUAUUGUGCUGACAGAGAAAAUUAGCUAUGAACGACUGUUAAAACCUAAUUCUCCAACAGCAUUAAGCAUUUUUUUUUUUUUUUUGCGAGACGUAUGUGUGUGUUUUGUGUGUUUGGGUCUGUGUUUCCUGUCGUCAAGCUGAACCAAGGUUGGAUGAAGCUGAUUAAAAACUUGCUGGCUGACAAAAUGUAGGAUGUGCAUUUUUUUUUUCCUUCUCUUAAACAAAGGAAAUGAAAAAAACUAACACGUUUGUCAUUCUGCAUUAACCAGCACAGUGCUACUUCCUCUCAUGUACUGUAUAUGCAACAUAUGUCUGUCCUCUUUCACGUGUGUGUAUAUAUGUUUAUAUAUAUAUAUAUAUAUAUACGCACACACACACACUUCAGUUUUAACCAGUUUUGCUGCUAGUCUUCUAUUCUGUUUCGAAAACUUGCAUAAUAUUGGGAAUGCAUACAGAUGUACACAUUGUGCAGAAUGAUCACUAUAUAUAUAUAUAUAUAUAUAUAUAUAUAUAUAUAUAUAUAUAUAUAUAUAUAUAUAUAUACAUAUACGUAUACAUAUAUGUAUAUAUAUAUGUAUAUAUCACACAUACACCCUGUUUUCCUUUCAGUGUGUUUUAAAGAGUAACAGAAAACCGUUUACUUUUCACAGCAGUUUUUUUUUUUUUUUGAGUGUUUUUGUUCGGGUUCUCCAACAAGGCUUCGGUGCACUGAUUUUACUCGAUGUAUGCUUUUUUGACAUCUUACAGCGCUUGAUGUAACAUUUAUGUGAUUAGUUAUGAAAUAGUGGAAGACAUUUUUGUGCUUUUUGGAAAAAAUUUGCAGUAUAAAUGGUACUAUUAACUAUUCUGUAAACACUGCCUGUUCAUUUCCUCCCUUUGCUUGUGCAUAUUCUAUUUUUGUUAAUUUAAGUUCCUUAGUGCCAUCCUGACAACCUCAAAAACAACAACGACGACAAAAGAAGUGCCUCAUGUCCAUCCUAGUCUCCAUCGGUUUAACAUCUGUCUGCUCUGGUUCUAUCGGUUUCUAUUAUUUUGUUGAUUUGAGAAUACCAAGUAUAUGAUGUAAAAUUGAUAGUCCCAAUAACUCCCAUGGCAUAGUUGUAUUUUCUUUAUACAGAUGUAGCUUGUUACUUUUCAUAAAUAUAUAAUGUAAAUAUGCAUACAUAUGUUUGUAACUGUUUUUGUUACAUCAUACACUUGUAAUUUGACAUAUCAAAUAACAUUAUCAUAAUAAAAUUGUGAGUUUUAA